AUGGGCUGCGUUUUUCGGGCCCGUCUCAACCAGCUCUGGUCAAUAUGGUACACCAUUUUAGUGGUGUUGCUGCAAGUUUACCUGAUUUAUUUGGGAUUUGAGCGAUACAAACUCUACAAUGAGAUGAAAUGGCCGGCAAAUGGCGGUUACCCCAAAAUUUGGCUGAACGUCUACGUGAUCAUCUACAUUUCGUGUAUCCCAGCGCUGUUGUUCAUCUUUGCCUCCGGAGUCUUCAAGACGGGAAAUAUUUCCGGAGAUCACGAGAGGCUGGCAGACCGAGAGGAUCGAGUGAUUGAGACUGGAAUCAACAAAAAUGGAGAGAAACGAGGCUGUUUCCACUGGCUUCGCUCCCUUUGGGCUCAUUCUCCCCCACUUCCUCACCAUCUCCACCUCAUCGUCGCACUCGCCCAACUUGUUGCGCAGCAGCUGAUGAUUGCCCAGCUCUAUCGGAAUGCUUUUAUUCAGUCUGGCGACUUCCUCAACAAUGAGCUUGACUUCGUCUACCAACGAGCACGACAACUCGCCACAAAUCUUCCAGUCGGCGAGACCAGGAUGCAGGGAUUUUCGAUCACCACCGAUCGGCUGAAUGCCGCACCUGUAGCUCCGAACUUGUUGCCAAUCCUGAUGCACUUCCGGCUCUUCGGGAUCCCGCUCGAAUUCGUCAACUUUAUUGUGGCCCUGAUCACCUACAGUAUAUCGUAUCCAGCGGUCUUUUGGCGCGUCUCCAAGCCGUUCUCCCUGAUCUUCUCCCUCCACCUGCUGAUCUUCUCCACGACACUCGUCUUCUCGUACCUCGGUUUCUCCAUCCUCUUCCGGGUCCAGGAGACGAACUACCACAGUAUUCGGCCGGUUGGAAUUGGCCAAUACCUUCUUUACGACAAGAACAUGAAAAUGCUCCACCCGUACGCUGUUUUGGGAGAAUUUUUGACAUCGGCCGUACUCACGCAUCUGGCCGGAAUGAUGUUGUAUGCUUAUGGAUACAACAAAUACUUUAUGAGCGUCGCCCACCACCAGGCAAAGAACGUCUCCCGGCACGGCACCAGUGAAUACACCGACUUCAGCAGAAGACACCAAGCGCAUCGGACGGCCGAACUGUGCUGUGAGGGCUACGGACCUCAUAUGGCCACCAUCUUCCUCUUGGUGUUGAUCAUUGCUGUGAAGGCGCCGUACGUCUACGCUUUUGUUCAGAUUUGGCAGCAUGACGACAAGCCCAUCCUCCUUUCCAUCUUGGCCGUCGACGUCAUCUACAUGUUCACCCUCAUCUUCCUGUGGCUGUUAUUGACAAUCAAGCGGGAGUGGGACUUCAAUGUGUCGCACUAUGUGCAUCAGAUUUAUGCACUACAGAAAGGACUGACGGCCGGUCACGUCCGUACCAAUGAGAAUCCCUCAAAACUGAAGAACGCAGUGAUAGUGAUGCAUAGAGAUACGAUGUUUGUCACCGACGACCACGCCACCAAGCAGUCCUUACUCCGAGCCUGCCAACGUGGCGGAGAGCUCGUCACUGAUGAAGCCGUCUACUGGCAAAGAUCUAACGGUGGUCCCCAGAGCCCGCAGAUGAGAAAAAUCCCCAUGGAAGAGCACGUCCGACAAACGCCGGAGAUGAACCGAUUACUGAUCGGGCGCAAGCCGUCGGAUGACAAUUCUCAGGUCUCUCGAAUCUCUCAAGCACAACAGCCCACCCAAACCCUCCAAUUCCGCGGCAACAGCAGCCCUCCGGAAGGCGCGAGGUUCCAAACUUUGCCGCGCAACCCGCCCGGCCAAUACUACUCCGCGACGCUCCAAAGAGCCCCCGCUAGCACCUCAACAAUGCAAAGAUCCCUGGUGGGACAGUGGAAUACGCAGCAAGAAGCCUACGCCUCCAUCCACAAGGGAAAACAGGAGGGCAUCUACGCGCCCAGGAGGGGCAGUCAAGAAGAGCAAGCCGCUUACGGGCAGUACGGACAGUACGGCACCUAUGGACGGGUGGGACAGAUGCUGCAACGCCGGCCAUCAGACGGCCAAGGCACUGCGUUAGGCGCUGUCCGCCAGAGUCCUCUACUCGGCCAGGAAAGCCGGAACACCGCGGCCACACGCGACGCGUCCCCAUAUCAACGGACUGCCGGCGGGACCGUCAAGCUGUCAUCCUUUAACCAGAAUGACGCAAAGUCCGGAAUCUACGGUGCCGUCCCAACACAAUGGAAUGCCUCCUCUAGCCAGCGAGCCCCUCCCGGCCAACCACAACAACUCCUCUGGAACGGCGGCGGCCCCCAGAAUGGCCAAAAAACCGGCCAAAAUUCCUCCGCCUCAUCAGCCGUUGGCACCAUCUCCACAUCGUCAUCUCAACAGGAUAACCACUGCUUUACGCCGACUUCCACUCACACUUCUCAAGGCUCCUCCACUAACUACUCUAACCAACCAACACCCACCCCCGGAUCUCCGUCCCUAUAUGGCACCCGCGGGGACCGUAACCUGUACGGUACACUCCAAUCGACGACCACCACCGGAAUCCUGGCCACCCCCGAUCCGGAUCCGAUCUAUGGGGACAGGACGCUACAAAAACGGGCACCUGGUGGCAGUGGGAUACGGUCGAUGAAAAUGAUGGGAGGACCGAGACAAGAUGAUUCUGCCAAUUACUCGAUCUCCUCCUCAAAUGGCUCCUCUCAACCCGAUCCCCCGCGUGUCCCUGCCCCUGCACCUAACGGAUCCGCACAGAUCAACUCUGAGUUUGCCACUAGCAUUGUU